AUGAUCCAGUGUGUUACGCUACCGUGUUGGUUAGUGACUUUUGAAAACUUUAAUGUUGGAAGUGACCGAUUCGCGCCUCUGGAGCAGGACGAGCGCAGCCAUGUUGCCCCACGUGGGUUCCGAAGUGUCAGGAGUGACACCGAGCAGCAAGUGAAAGCAGCGUGUAAGUGUCCUGAAAGGCCUGUAGAAAAGAACACUCUACACCCUGGGAGGCACGUGCCGCAGGUGGCGGAGCGGCGGCCGGCGAGCGCGCGGUACGCGGCCGCGCUGGGCGCGCUGGUGGGCGCGGGCGUGGGCGAGGCGGUGGGCGCGGCGGUGGGCGUGUCGCUGGGCGCGCGCCUGGACGCCAUGUUGGGCACGUCGCGCACGCUCUCCUACCUGGCGCUCUUCGGGCGGCUGCGGCGCCGCGCGCGCCUGCUGCGCAACCGCGUGCGCCAGGAGUGGUGGCGCGCGCGCCGCCUGGGCCACUGGGGCUACGCCGGCCCGCGCCUCUGA